AUGGCGAACCGGCGGGAGCGAGGGUCCGACAGACGCGUCGUCAAUCUCGCAGUAUCAUCCCACCCAUCCACUGCACCAUACCCUGCCAUAGACCCAUACCCUUCCGCAGCAGCCAAUUCGUUCGUUCUUUCAGUACCGCUUCAAGCAGGAUCCAAGAACGGCACCCAUUCUCCAACCUCUCAAGUCCACCCCACCGCAUCCGAAUCAAGUCCCAACCUUUCGCCUCGACACGCUCUCGCGUCGUCACCCCCGCGCAUCGAUACCUCUAAGAGUUCCACCUCGGAGUCGCACCCUGCCGCGGCUCGCUCUCCGCAUUCGUCGCCGCACCCUCCGGCGUUUUCGAUUAAAGCGACCGUCGCGUCGCUCGUGGGUAGCGUCAACCUGCUCAGCCUGAGCGACAGUUACGCUGCCGGCGACGCGUCGACGAUAUCCGCCGUGUUUCGCGACAAGAAGAAAAAGAUCUUGCAGGAGAAGCAGCAGCAGAAAGGGCUUCUGCUCCUCUCUCCGACGCGCGAAGACUCACCCUCUCAGGCGCCCUCAGGUGUUACUUCAGGUGCUCCUUCAGGUGUCAUUUACAGUAAAACCGAGCCUUCACCUGAGCGGGCUGUACCGGGUGCGCAAUCGCUGACCCUUCUCAGCCUGAGCGACAGCUACGCUGCCGGCGACGCGUCGACGAUAUCCGCCGUGUUUCGCGAGAAGAAGAAGAAGAUUCUGCAGGAAAAGCAGCAGAAUGGUUUCCCUCUCUCCCCUACACGAGACGACGAGCCGACUGCUGUUGAUGCUGCUGGUGGUGCUGGUGCUACUGCUGCUGCUGCUGCUGCUGCUGCUGCUGCUGCUGCUGCUGCUCAAUCGCCUCAUUUUGAAACGGCUCAACGGUCCCCUCCUCGAAGCGCAUGGUCGGGAAUCUCCAACGCCGUGCACCCGGAAACUCUGGCGGAAGUUCCCACGUGGCAUACUCAUCAGCUUCAAGGUGGUCCGUCUGACGUGGACGCGGACGCGUCGACGAUCUCCUUAGUUUUCCGGGAUAUGCGGCACAAGGCGCGGCAAGAGCGAGAAGCAAAGGAGGCUGGAGGCGACGGUGCGGGGAAGGCUGCAGGGAAUGCGGUGGGAGGAGCAGGAAUAGAGAGGGGAGUAGGGGGUGGAUUAAAAGGCGAGUUUGAGGCGUCGUUUGGAGCGUCGCACCCGCCUCAAUCCACGGCGCAUGGUACGGCGCAGGAAGGAGCCCAGGCGACGGGGGUAGGCGCGGCGGAAGCGGAGGGGGCGGAGGCGGCGGAGGGGGCGGGUGGGGCGGAGGGGGCGGAGGGGGCACAGGCGGAGGUGAUCGACGAGGACGUGUUGCACGCGUGUGUGGAUCCCGCGUACGCGGACCCGCGGCGGCAGUUCAUGUCCAACCCCACGUGCUCGCUGGACGAGGCGUUUGAUGCCAUCCUGCAGAACAUGGAUAGCGGUCCAUUGGGGGCUGACGCGCGAGCUACAGCUCAGGCUAGCCUGCAGUCACCAACAGGGCAGCAGAGCUCGGCGAAGCAUGGAUGGGGAUGA